GACCAGUCAUAUGAUGGACGUAUCGCGCACCGUAACGGCGUAGCGAGCGUUGUGCAUUGUGCGCGUGUGUGUGUAUGGGUGUGUGCCCUCUGCAGAGCAUUAAAGCCUGUAAUCGCAAGCGUAAGCGUAGCUGUAACUGUAACCGUUACCGUUACCGUUGCCGCUAAUGCCGUUUUACCGUUAAGCUGUCAGCGAAAAUUCUAAUUUCAAUUCGUCAACGCUGGCUGCGCAGCUGCCGCGAGCGCUCGGCUGGUGGGUGGCAGAGACGUGAGCUAUCCAAGCAUUUCAAUUUAAAUCAACGCUACACAUACAUGCGCACAGACGGAGACUCGGAGACACGGACACACGGAGACACACAGGCACACACGCACACAGACAGACAGGGGCACACACUAAAAGUAUCAGACCGCCGCCUGCAGCGCUUCAAUUUCAAUUCAAUGCGCGCCGUGUAACGGUUAACGUCCUGUUCGUCGCGAUCAACGGUUGCGCUUUUAUUUUAUUAUUUUAUUUAAUUUUUUUUUUUGCAUUUCUGUUUCGUUCGUUCUGCAGCGGCUUUAACUAUUUUGUUUUCUCGCCGCGCGCUGUGUUAUUGUUAUUGUUGUUUUUGUUUUUUUGUGUGUUAUUUUAUUAUUGCAAUUUUAUAACGGUACAAAGUAAAGAUAUUUUGUGAAGUGCGAAAAAUUUCUUGAUUUUGUUUGCAUCUCGGAUUACUUAAGUCCUUUUCCUUUUGGGCCAAGUCAGCGCCAGGACGAGCAUGUCGCCAAAUCGCUGGAUACUUUUGCUCAUCUUCUACAUAUCGUAUCUGCUGUUUGGCGCUGCCAUCUACUAUCACAUCGAGCAUGGCGAGGAGAAGGAAGCACGUGCCGAGCAGCUGAAGGAGCGCAUUGAAAUCUACGAGUAUCUCAUGGAGCAGUUAGAAGAUAAGAAUGUGACCACACAAGACGAGAUUUUGACUCGCAUUUCGGAUUAUUGUGGCAAGUCGGUUACGGAUUACACAAAAGACGAAUACGAAAUACCAUAUACGUGGACAUUCUAUCACGCCUUCUUCUUUGCUUUUACCGUCUGCUCAACGGUGGGUUAUGGCAAUAUAUCUCCGACAACUUUUGCGGGUCGCAUGAUCAUGAUCGUCUAUUCGGUAAUCGGGAUACCGGUGAAUGGAAUACUCUUUGCCGGAUUGGGCGAAUACUUCGGACGUACGUUUGAGGCCAUCUACAGACGAUAUAAGAAGUACAAAAUGUCCUCGAAUGAUCAUUAUGUGCCACCGCAGCUGGGAUUGAUAACCACGGUGUUCAUAGCCCUAAUACCAGGUAUAGCCCUGUUCCUAUUACUACCAUCGUGGGUGUUUACCUACUUCGAGAGUUGGCCCUAUUCGAUUUCACUGUACUACAGUUAUGUGACGAUGUCGACAAUUGGCUUUGGCGAUUUCGUGCCCACGUUUGGAGCCAACCAGCCACGCGAGUUUGGCGGCUGGUUCGUGGUCUAUCAGAUCUUUGUGAUCGUCUGGUUUAUAUUCUCCUUGGGCUACCUGGUCAUGAUAAUGACGUUUAUAACGCGAGGGCUGCAGAGCAAGAAGCUGGCCUACUUGGAACAGCAGCUCUCAUCUAAUCUGAAGGCCACACAGAAUCGUAUAUGGACGGGUGUUACCAAGGAUGUGGGCUAUUUACGACGUCUGCUCAACGAACUGUAUAUACUGAAAGUCAAGCCCGUUUACACCGACACAGAAUUUGCAUAUACAGUGCCGAGGUCCGCCUCCUGCCCCGAGCUCAGCAUGUACCGUGUGGAACCCGCACCGAUACCGAGUCGGAAGCGUGCCUUUUCCGUGUGCGCCGAAGUGGCUGCUUCCCAGGAUUCCACUGCUAUAGUGCAUGCCAAUUCGGAUACGGAGAUAAGCAAGUUCGAUCGGGAGAAGACCUUCGAGACGGCCGAGGCUUAUCGACAGACAACAGACCUGCUGGCCAAGGUGGUGACGGCGUUGGCCACGGUGCAGCCGCCGCCACCGGAGGCUGAUGAUGCGGCCUUGUAUGGUGGCUACCAUGGGUUCUCCGACUCGCAGAUCUUGGCCAGCGAAUGGUCCUUCUCGACACUCAACGAAUUAUCGACGCCGCGUCGUCCGCGUGGUCGUGCCUGCUCCGACUUCAAUAUUGAGCCACCACGUCGCCCGCUCCGAGCGCCGCACAAUCACAACGAAUGGACCUGGAGCGGCGACAAUCAACAGAUCCAAGAGGCCUUCAACAGCCGCUACAAGAGCCAGCUCAAUGGCGCCGCCAGCGAUCCGCAUGUGGUGCAUCUCGAAGAGCCGGACAACAGCGAUGAGCAGCUCAAGAAGAAUGGAGCAGUGGCUGGCGCUGGUCGCGUCAAGAAGUUCUCCAUGCCGGACGGGCUGCGCAAGCUCUUCCAUCGCAAGCGACCCUCGCAGGAUCUGGAGCGCAAGCUGUCCGUGGUCUCCGUACCAGAGGGCAUCACGUCGCUGCCCACGCGCUCCCCGCUGGACUUCUACAACAAUACGGUUACGGCAAGCGCCAGCCAAUCCUAUCUGCGCAACGGCCGCGGCCCGCCACCACCCUUCGAUUCGACCACCAGCUUGGCAUCCAGCAAUGGCAAUGCAGGCAUCAGCAAUCCAGCCUUCCAUCUGGAUGACUCCGACCAGGCGACGUUCGGCUCGACGGGCGCCUAUCAACGCAAGUCUGCUGCUGGCGUGGCGGCCGGCAAGCGGCGUCGCGAGUCCAUCUAUACCCAGAAUCCAGCGCUCUCCGCUCGACGCGGCAGCAUGUACACGCCCACAGCAACAGCAGCUGCGCUCCAGAUGCAGCGCCGCGGCUCCGGCUCGGCGGCUAUGGCAGCUGUUGCGGCCCGGCGUGGCAGCCUGUUCCCAGCCACGGGCGGAAUGACGAGCCACGCAACGCCGCGGCGCUCCAGCAUCUUCUCGGUGACCUCGGACAAGGACAUGGAUGUGCUGGAGCAGACCACCAUAGCGGAUCUGAUACGCGCGCUCGAGGUAGUGCACACGCAUGCCGUUCUCGAUGAGCAUCAGAAAGAGCAACAGCAGGCGAUGGCGGCUGCCGGCUCCAGCUCCAGCUCUAAGCUGACCAAGAAGCAACGAAAGCUGGGAAAUGCCGGCCUUGAUCCGCCCCAGCUGCCGCCCAUCCUGUCCUUAUUUGCGGGUGACCAAACGCGCACGCUGCAGGCAACAGCGGCCAAUCGUUUGUACGCCCGUCGCUCCACCAUUGUGGGUACCAUGUCUCCCGGUGGCAGCAGCGGCUUGGCCACCCGUCGUCCAUCCGGCAUACACAAUUUGGAGCCGCCACCCAGCUACACCGAGAAACCGUUGCCACCAUCGACUUCCACGCCAGCUGGUCAGUCCAAGUUCCGACGGCGCUUCAGUGUGCGUCCGACAGCUCUGCAGAUCCCACCUGGACAGGCGCCACCACCAGGUGCCAGCCUCAGCGAAGAGCCCAGCCCAUUGACCGGUUCCCAGUCAACGCUGCAGCGGCGGCUCUCGCUGCGACCAUCGCCUCUGGCACGUGAACUGUCGCCCACAUCGCCCACAGGGGCUGGCAGCACUGCUGGCCAGGAUGAGCCGGGCACCUCAACGUCGCGUCUGUUGCCCUCGUCGCUAAUGCGUCCCAGCACAAGCAGCACGCAUUCCCCAUUGUCGCGCAUUGUGCAAAUAUCGCAGGCGCAGCGCAAGAGCAGCAUGCCGGAAGGAUUCGCCACGCGCAAGCCAGGCGCCGGAAGCGGAAGCGGGCCAGGCAGCGGAGCCGGAAGCGGAAAUGCUAGCGAAAAGUAGAUAAUCGUCUCUCAAAUGUGUUUUCUAGUUUGUAGUUAAAUUAAUCAUUGUUGCCAACACUUUAUGCCUGUAAUCCAGUAAAAACUAUUUACAUUCCCUAUAUGCAUAUAAACAUAUAUUACCACAUACCUA